AUGAAAACGAAGCAUCAAUCAUGGGUGGUCCAUGGUUACAUAAGCCUUCAGGAAAACCAAGACAUUGUUGAGCUCCUCCAUGCUAAGCACAAAGGUACUUUACAAAUGGAGAUUUCGCUCACGCAUGCCUUCCUUGUAGCUUCUCUUCUCCUCCUCUUGUAUUUCUUCUCCUCUCCUCGCAAGGACCUUAAUGGACAUGGCCAUCUCAAGAGUAUCCCAAGCCCUCCCGCCCUCCCCGUCAUCGGCCACCUCCACCUCCUCAAGAAGCCGCUGCACCGCUCCCUCUCCGCGCUCGCUGCCCGCUACGGCGGUGGCCGCGACGGCGUUGGUCUCCUCAGCCUUCGGUUCGGCGCGCGGCCGGUCCUCCUCGUCUCCUCCGCGGCCAUCGCCGAGGAGUGCUUCACCGUCCACGACGUCGCGAUGGCGGAUCGCCCCGGGCUCGCGUCGCGGCGGCUCCUGACGGACGAGUGCCCCAGCAUCGCCUUGUCUAACUACGGCUCUCUCUGGCGCGACCUCCGCCGCAUCGUCACCGUGCACGCGCUCUCCGCGCACCGCCUCUCGCUGACGUCUGCCGUGCGCGCGACCGAGAUACGCGCCAUGGUAAAGCGCCUCUACGAGCGCGGCGGAGCCGGCGCCGGCGCCACGCCGGUAAGCGUGAGGGCGACGGCGUACGAGUUCGUGGUCAACGUGAUCAUGGCCAUGGUCUCUGGGAGGCGCAUGGCGGAGGAGGACGUGCGCUGGUUCAUGGCGUUGACGGAGGCUGGUUUAGCGGCGGCGGGAUCGGCCAACCUCCAGGACUUCCUGCCGGUGCUGCGGCUGCUGGAUUUCGGGAGGACGAGGAGAAGUCUCGCCGGCAUCGCCAAGGAGCGCCGUGACUUUGGCCAGCGGCUCAUCGACGAGUACAGGCGGCUCAACCCCCGUGGCGAGGAGACGUCGUCGGCGCCCAGGACGUUGCUCGGCGACGUGCUCCAGCAGCAGGAGCGGUCGCCGGAGUCGUACCCCGACGUGGUCAUCCGCACCCUCUGCAUGAGCAUGCUACAAGCAGGAGCGGACACAUCAUCUAGCGCGAUUGAGUGGGCGAUGGCACUUCUGCUCAAUAACCCAGACGUGCUGGCCAAGGCGAAGACUGAGAUCGACACCGUCGUGGGCACGUCUCGCCUGAUCCAGGAGAGUGACCUGGAAGUGCUCCCUUACCUCCGAUGCAUCAUCACUGAGACCCUCCGACUAUACCCUCUCGCACCCAACCUCGUACCGCAUGAGGCGUCGCGUGACUGCACAGUCACUAGUGGGCAAUACAUCAUUGCACGUGGAACCAUGGUGUUAGUCGACGUGUACUCCAUACAACGGGACCCUGCCUCGUGGGAUGAUCCAGACAUGUUCAUGCCAGAGAGGUUCGUGGGUGGCAAUGUUUGUGAACAAGGUGGAAAGCGAAUGAUGAUGCCGUUUGGGAUGGGUCGGCGAAAGUGCCCCGGCGAGGGACUCACUUGGAGGAUGGUGGGAGUAGCUUUGGCGGGGAUGUUGCAAUGCUUCGAGUGGGGACGGGUGGGAGAGAAGGUGGUGGACAUGAGCGAGGGUUCCGGGCUCACCAUGCACAUGUCUGUGCAGCUAGUUGCAGUGUGCCGACCCCGUCAAGAUAUGGAUGUCAUGCUCAAGAGCCUUUAG